AAACGCACAGUAUUGGAAAUCCAUGCCAGAAAUGUACCGACUGUGUUAGCUUAACAAAGCGAAGCCAUUUCACCGCUGAAUCGGAUCACCCAUAGAAGCAAGUGGUACCAGUCUCUUAGCUUGUACCUGUGGAACCCUCCCAAAUCGCCGGCAGAGGACUCAUACGUCUUCAGCUACCUUAACCCAUCACCGAUGGCUUCGAUCUUAGCUCGCAAGUCCCUCUCCGCCCUUCGCGCUCGUCACCUCGCGGUGUCGGGACAAGCAUUGCAGGGUUCGCAGCAUUAUGGUUUGCGAUUCAGUGCGCACCCUUACUCUUAUCAUCCCACAAAGAAAGAUGAUGAAGAGAGGGAGCAACUUGCCAAAGAGAUAUCGAAAGACUGGAGUUCUGUUUUUGAAAGAAGCAUAAACACGUUAUUUCUCACUGAAAUGGUUCGGGGUUUGAUGCUGACACUCAAAUACUUUUUUGAGCCAAAAGUUACUAUCAAUUAUCCAUUUGAGAAGGGUCCUUUAAGCCCUCGCUUUCGUGGUGAGCAUGCCCUGCGACGAUAUCCCACUGGAGAGGAACGAUGCAUUGCUUGCAAGCUCUGUGAAGCUAUAUGCCCUGCACAAGCAAUCACAAUUGAGGCAGAGGAAAGAGAAGAUGGAAGUCGCAGGACAACUAGGUAUGAUAUUGACAUGACCAAGUGCAUCUACUGUGGAUUUUGCCAAGAGGCUUGUCCUGUUGAUGCCAUUGUGGAAGGACCUAACUUUGAGUUUGCAACUGAGACUCAUGAGGAGCUUCUGUAUGACAAAGAAAAGCUGCUCGAGAAUGGGGAUCGUUGGGAGACUGAGAUUGCAGAGAACCUCAGAUCCGAAAGCCUUUACCGCUGAUGCUCCCCCGGUUAUUUUAACCUAGUUGGUACUCGGAUUUUCUUCAGUUUUUGAGUUGAUGAAAAAUAAAAAGAUCCGUGCAGGAGUUUCUGCAGAAACUUUUAUUUUAUAUUUUGUGAUUAUGUAGCUUUCUCAUUUGAAUUUUGCUUUGGCCGCUACAUUUUUUAAGUAAUGGAACAAAAUAUAUGUUGUAAAAAUUUGCCAAUGGAAAAAUGGGAAUAAUUUCUGUUUUUU